GGCUUUUACUUCACUCAACCAGACUUAUCCACACCGUUCCUUUCUCUAUAAAUGUGGAGAGAGAAAUUGAACACCUUCCUCUGUCUCUCUCUAUUCUGCCCGUCUUCGAAACAAAUCUAGGGUUCUGACUUCUGAGGCUUCGUUCUCCCUUCAGGUAAAAAGAUGCCUCGGUAUGAUGACCGCUAUGGUGGGACUCGUCUCUACGUGGGACGCUUGUCCUCGAGGACGAGAUCGCGUGAUCUUGACGACCUCUUUAGCAGAUAUGGAAGAGUACGCGAUGUGGAUAUGAAGCGCGACUUCGCCUUUGUUGAAUUUAGUGACCCACGAGAUGCUGAAGAUGCAGUAUAUGGUCUGAAUGGCCGGGAUGUUGAUGGAAGCCGCCUCAUUGUAGAAUUUGCGAAGGGGGGGCCACGCGGUCCUAGUGGAUCUCGUGAGUAUCUUGGGAGAGGUCCUCCUCCCGGAUCAGGGCGCUGCUUUAAUUGUGGAAUCGAUGGCCAUUGGGCUCGAGAUUGCAAGGCUGGGGACUGGAAGAAUAAGUGUUAUCGCUGCGGAGAAAGAGGUCACAUAGAAAGGAAUUGUAAAAAUAGUCCUAAGAAACUUAGACGUGGGCGGAGUUACUCAAGGUCACCGAGUCCUCGACGUGGCAAAAGUCGUAGUUACAGUAGGGACCGUAGUUACAGUCGAUCUAGAUCGCCUCUGAAGAGAGAGAGAAGCCUUGAGCAAGUUGAAAGAAAAUUAAGGAGCCCUCGUGACAGCCGAAGCCCUAAGCGGCAUAGGAGCUCGCCACCACCAUCUAAAGGGAGGAAGCGUAGUUCUACACCUGAUGAGAGGAGCCCAGAAGAACGAGGUAGCCCAUCCCAAAGGGAUGGCAGGCAGGCCAAUGGGUCUGAUUACAGUGGCAGUCCCAGGGGAAAGAGUAGAAGCCCUAUCAACGAUGCUGAUGGAGAGGCCCCCCGGGAGCGGAGUUAUAGGAGCCCUGCUGAAGAAAAUGGCCACAGUCGCAGCCCUAGUCCUAUCCGUAGGGACGACAGGAGCCCUGUUGAUGAUGAUGAUAAUCAUGGUUCUCCGAGGGGCAGUGAGUCAAACUAAAAGAAUUUUAUGUGACGAAAGUCAACUUAAAACCUAUGUUUGCUAAAGGUUUCUACUGCUUUGUACGGAUAGCAUUUGUAUCGAAUAUUUUUAAACGUGUUUGAGAUUUUUUUGUA